AUGGCACCAUACAGAUACAAAGCUAAAUUUCCAGGACCUCCUCUUCUCACUUUGUCCCUACUAAGACGGGAACGUCUUGUCACACACUACCCAUCCGAUCCAUAUCUGAACAUAAAAUCAGCUCAUAACAGGAAAUUCAACGGAAACAAGUUUACCCCUGCAAUAUCUGUUGUGCGGAAUUCCUCCGGACACGUUGUUGGAUAUACAGACUUUUUGUACCAGCAACUCCUUUACUUGGCUCAGAGGUUAAAAUUUACGUAUAAAAUAUCCGUCAUUGGCGAGAACACGAAUGGAGUCAAACGCAAUGGGUCGUGGACUGGUAUAAUUGGAACCCUUCAAAGAGAAGAAGCUGAUUUGGGUUUAGUACCAAUUGCUAUUUCCCUGGAACGAUAUGAAGCUAUCGAGUUUUGCGGAUCAAUCACUGGAGACUCAACCGGCAUUCUCGUGAAAUAUCCGGAGCCAAUUGUUUCUUCUACUAGUGCCAUUGAGGUGUUCUCUACUGGAGUCUGGAUCGGAUGGAUCGUAUCUGCAGCAGCAGUUGUUGGCAUUUCCACGGUCUUAACUUGCACUUCAAAAAAAUUGCGCAUUGAAACUGGCGAAACGAGCGCAGUAAGCCCUAAAACCUUUUCUUGGUAUUUGUACGGUGUUCUCAUUUCUCAAGGGAGUCGCCUACCGUCUAGCCCAUCGCCACAGAAACUUCUCGCAGCGACUUGGUGUAUCGUGGCUUUUGUCUUUGUCAACAUUUACAAUUCCACGUUGACGUCUUACAUGUCGGUCACGUACCAAAGACCCACAAUCAACUCCUUCAGUGAUUUGGCAGCUAGUUCAACUUUCAAGGCCACCGUAUUAACUGGAUCCAUUCAAGAUAUUGAUUUAUUGCGAGCAACUACGGGAGUUCAGAAAAUUCUCGCCGACAAAAUUCGAAAAUGCUCACCAGAUUGUAAGAAAUUUAAUCUGAAUGAAAUGUUUUCACUGGUGUUAGGUGACGAACCUUACGUUACGAUAGUGCCAGUGGCAGUUGGCAUAGCAGCUUUGAAAAAACACAACUUGCAAAGAGAAAAAUGUCGUCUAGCUAUGGCUUACGAGACAAUGUCGUGGAAGCCGAUGUUCUGUGGUGUCCCCAAAACAAGUCCUUACAUCGAAGAAAUUAACCGAGAGUCAUUGUGGUUCAUCGAUACUGCAAUUUUUGACUAUUGGCAUGCCCAAUACUUAAAGAAGCCUUUACAAUGUCAAUUGAACUACAACAGUAAAGGUGUUUCAACCAAGACAUUCAAAAACCGAGUCGUACUGAAGCAGUUCUACCUGCCAUUCUUAAUUCUCUUUUGCGGUUAUUUUCUGGCUUUCCUUCAGUUUUUACGAGAAAAAAUACGUUUUUUCUUUCGUUUUUGGUGAUAAUUCGCACUUGGCAGUGUCAGUAAGUUGUCAUUUUGAGGAUGAAACAUAUCCUGUGCCGCGAUUGUAAAAGGUAAACUUUA